UCUGACGUGAAACGGAAAUCCAAGUGGCCCGUGACAUGGAAAAUCAGGCGAUCUUCUUUUACGGAUCUGGGCGAUUACCUCUGUAACCACGGCCCCCUAAACCGUUGCUCGAUCUCCCCCAAAUCCCAACCGGCCGAUCAUCAUGCCGCCGUCACGGCCGCCACGCCGCCGCUGCGGCCGCCGCCGGCGCUCGACCACCGCCGCUGGGACGGAUCCCUCCGCAGGCGGGAGCAGAGGGUGGCUCGCCGCCCGCCGCAGGCCGUUCAAGCGGCACGGGCCCGAGCACGGCGACCAGGCGCUGCCCCUGGGCGAUGAAACCCUGCUCCUCGUCUUCUCCGCCCUCUCCGACGCCGGGGACCUCGUCCGCUGCGCCGCCGCCUGCAGGCGCUGGCGCCGCCUCGUCUCCUCCGACGCCGCCUUCAUCUGCCGCCGCGGGCCCCCGCGCUGCGACCGCUUCGCCCGCCGCCUCGCGGUCGGCGUUUUCCUGCACAGCGACCGCGGCCGCGGCCGCGGCCGCCCCCGCCGCGAGGGAUUCGUGCCCUUCACCAAGCCCGACCUCUCGAUCGCCGACGGCGGAGUGCCGGGCUCGUCGUCGCGCGUCGUCGCGUCCCGCAACGGCCGCGUCGUGAUGGACCUCCGCCGCGCCAAGAGCGCCUGCGUGCUGAGGCUGUGCGUGUGCGACCCCAUGACCGGCGACGCCCACCUGCUCCCGCCCCUGAGCGGCAAGGACCGCCCGGGGCCGUACGCGUGCGCCCUGCUCACCGCCGACGACGGGCUCCACCUGUACGACGCAUGCUCGGCCGGCACGGCCACGUCGACGUCCCCGUCCUCGUACCGCGUGCUCCUCCUCUACAACCACCGCAGCUACACGGCGCUCCGGCGCUACUCCUCGGACGACGGAAGCUGGGGGCCGGAGGUGGAGGUGACCGGCGCCCGGAUCGCGAGGGGGCGGCAGCUGGGCGUCAGGGCGCACGCGACGCUGGUGCGGGGCGGCGCGGUCUGCUGGUACGGGCUCGGCAUCGCCGUCAACCCCGCCACGCUGCACACGUCCAGCUUUGGCUACACCGUGCAGGCCUUCGAGUCGCCGCCGCGACGCGCCAAGGCCUCCCUCGGCGAGGUGGACCGGCUGCUGGGGCUGAUGCCGGACGGGAGGCUGUGCGUGCUGGAAUGCAAGGCCGACGCGGUGCGCGCCUACGUGGUCGUCUACGCCGACGUGGUGGUGAGGCUGCGGUGGUUCUGCGAGAAGAGCGGCGUGGCGCUCUUCACGGCGAGGAACAGGGGCGGCAAGACGCAGGUGUACGCCGUGGACGUGGAGACGAUGCAGGUGGGCAGGGUGGACUGGUCGGGGGACGACGACCGCGACGGCGACGGGGACAUGGAGGUGUGUGGGUACGAGAUGGACCGGGUGGCCAUGCUCGCCGAGCUCGACCGCUCCGCUGAGCUCCAUCCUGCUCCUCGGCAGCUCUGAUUCAACAUUCUUUUCCUUAUUUUUUUCCCUUCUUUUUCUACAAAAUUUCAUUGAUUUCUUCAAUGACUGCAAAUUGUAGUAUUUGUAUAGGAGUAUUACGAUGCUUUGCGAAAAAUCAGUACUAAUACUGCAACCCAAACUGGAUCCA